ACUGCCAUGCCGAUAAUUUCUAGCCACAAUUCCAUGCCUUGCCCGUCCAGUAGCUCCCAUCUCAUCCCAUCCCGACGAAUCAAAUCUCCAUCACCACUUCACCAGUCACCACCUUGCCUAGCCUCCGUCUGCUGCGGACGCCAGACAUCAGUCAGCACGAGGGAAGCCCAAACUCUGCCGCCUCUUCCUCUGCGCUGCGCUAACAACGAUUCCCGAUUCCAUGGCCGCGACCGCCAUGAUUAGGAUUACCACUUUACGUUGCCGCCACGACCCGCUCUCCUCCCUUCCCCGCACCACGUCGGCCGCCUGCUCCUGUACCCUUCCGCCUCGAUGUCGCCAAUGCAGACUGCUCCCUCCCCAUUCUUCUGGCUGUUCCCCUUCCUCCUCCAUCUUUCCGCGCCGGGUCCGGGUCCGCCCAACAGCAGCAUUGAAGCGCAUCGGUGGCGGCAACACCAGCUUCAUGGGUCCAGCCAACAAUGGCGCCACCACGCUUCAGCGAUCUUCAUCGCCCGACCUUCGUCGCAGCCUGAUCGUCCUCAAGUCUACUGCUGGUACAGGAGGUGGCAAUGCUUCCUCAGGACUGCUGCCCACCAUUCUUGGGGUGGCGCAUCUGCUUGUGUCGCUGGGCAUUGUGCUCGCCACCGAUAAGUUCCUCAAACAGGCAUUUGUUGCCGCGUCCAUCAAGUUCCCAAGCGCCCUCUUCGGCAUGUUCUGCGUCUUCUCUGUGCUAGUCGUGUUCGACACAUUCGUGCCUGCUCUGGCGAAGGCGUUCAUGGACUUCUUUGAGCCUGCCACGCUGUUCAUCCAGAGGUGGCUACCGUUGUUCUAUGUCCCGUCACUGGUCGUGCUGCCGCUCGCCGUCAGGGAUGUCCCAGCGGCUUCAGGAGUCAAGAUUUUUGCAAUCACUUUUGGCGGCUGGUUUGCUACCCUUGCGGUCGCAGGAUAUACAGCAUUAGCUGUGAGAAAACUUGUGAAAACACAGCUUAUACCAGCAGAGCCCAUGAGCAAGGCAUCGCCAUUUUCUACAGUAGAAACCUGGGCAUGGGCUGCUGUAUUCGUUGCAUCGUUCGGUGUUGCAUGUUUCAAUCCCAGAGCUCUUGGUACCACAGCAAGAACAUGCCUUCCCUUUCUGCUCGCUGCCACUGUGCUGGGAUACAUGGUUGGUUCUGGGUUACCAUCUGGUGUCAAGAAAGUGUUACAUCCAAUCAUCACCUGCGCACUUUCUGCAGAUUUGGCGGCAGUAGCGUAUGGGUACCUCUCCGGGUCUGGACUUGACGCUGUGCUAGGUGAUUACCUCACAAAGGCGCCCUCUAAUCCUGGAGCUGGUGACGUACUAAUGGGUUUCCUUGGGUCUGUGAUCAUAUCAUUUGCAUUCUCAAUGUUCAAACAGAGAAAGCUUGUAAAGAGGCACGCAGCAGAGAUUUUCACAUCAAUUGCCAUUGCGUCGACAUUCUCUCUGUACUCAACCGCUGUCAUAGGGCGCCUGAUUGGGCUGGAGCCAUCGUUAACCAUAUCCAUAUUGCCAAGGUGUAUAACUGUGGCGCUGGCUUUGAGCAUAGUAUCUUUCUUUGAAGGUGUAAACUCUUCCCUAACCGCUGCCGUGGUUGUCGUUACCGGGCUCAUUGGCGCGAAUUUCGUGCAAGUAGCUAUGGAUAAACUUGGUCUCAACGACCCCAUCGCCAGAGGAAUAGGGACAGCUUCCAGUGCUCAUGGACUGGGGACAGCAGCACUGUCAGCCAAGGAACCUGAAGCGCUUCCUUUCUGCGCCAUCGCUUAUGGUCUCACGGGAAUUUUUGGCUCCUUGGUUUGCUCGGUUCCAGUAGUGAGGCAAAGCUUGGUAUUCAUAGCUGGUUAGGAGCAGCUCGUGAUGAUCUGAAUUUGAGGAUCUGAUUCUUUAGAUAAAGGAAAUCGUUUCAUGUGUAAAAGAAGUCGUGCUCAGAAGACGAGGAAGCAAAACGCCCCCACGUUUUGGGUCAGGAUGAAGAAAGGUGAAUAAUUCCGUAAUCAGGAUGUAACUAAAACACUAGAGCAAGGCGGAUCCAUUGUUUGUUUGAUACUUUGUGAUA